AUGGACCAAUCUGUGCCUUUUCAAAUCACGCGCAAGGUCGAACGUCUUGGAAGUCUCAGAUAUGCCGAGCAUGCAGUACCGAUAGAGCACUUCUUAUUUCCGGAUAAUGCGAACGUACCUCUACACCCAUUAACCACAACCAUGACGAAGUGGCAUAUCCCAGCGCUCAUCUGCAUUGUUCAUACAACCCUCUGUCUAGCAGCAGGCAAUGGGCCCUAUGACGCCUCGUAUUCCAUCGACCCGAGCUUGCCAAACCACACGAUUUACAUGCCUCGCUACUUACCUAGCAACACCACCUUACCAGCGCUGAUCUGGGGCAACGGCGCCUGUUCCGCGAACGGGACGCUCUUUGGCAACUUUCUCACCAACAUCGCCUCAUACGGUUUUCUUGCUAUCGCCUCAGGGGCGCCGGAUGGACACGGAACAACUGACGUGCAGCUGAUGAGAGACGCGCUUGACUGGAUUGAGACGAACACCAACAAAACAGCAAAGCACAGGGCUAUUGAUAGGAGCAGAAUUGCAGUUGCCGGCCAGAGUUGCGGCGGACUUGAGGCGUACCAGAUGCGCGAUGAUGAACGGGUGAGGUACCUGGGGAUUUUCAACUCUGGCUUCCUGGACUUAGGGUUCUUUGGAGGGCUCUUGGGGCUGCCUAAUGAGGAUCCGGAUACCAUUAAAGACGUCAAGAAGCCCGUUUUCUAUUUCCUUGGUGGGAAGAAGGAUAUCGCCUAUAAAAAUGGCAUGGCCGACUAUGCCGCUCUAACUGGCGUGCCAAAGUGGGUAGGAAACUACCCCGUCGGACACCUGGGGACCUACGCUGAGCCCGAGGGAGGAGCAUUUGGUGAUGCCGCUGUGAAGUGGCUGCAGUGGGUAUUGAAAGAAGAUACCAGCCAGGCGAACUGGUUUGCUGGUGGUGGCGCGCAAGAAGACGGGUGGGAGGAGGUGGACAGUGAGCGGCUCGAGGAUCUACUGACUUUUGCUGGAGUCUGA